AUGAGUCUCCUCCCCACCCCCAACCCCCACCUCCUCCCUAAAACCCUCUACAUCUACAGCGACGUCCCGCCAACACUCACACGCCCACCCUCCCCCCUCCCCACCCUGCAAGACCUCGAGCAGGCCGUCAACGACAGCAUCGGCGAUAUCGACCACAACACCGACGAGAUGGAGGCCUUCCUCACCCGCCCGCAGCCGUACUCGGUUGAGGAGAAGGGGCGUGCUGCGGUGUUGCUGAACACGGCUGAGAAGGAGGUUGAGGUGGUUAAUACGCAUAGGGGUGUGUGUGCGCUGCUGAGGGGCAGUGGGGUAGAUGAGGGGAGGCUGGCGGUGUUGGAACAGAGGUUGGAGGAUGCGGCAAGCGAUAGUGCGGAGGUGGCUUGGGAGCUAUUGGCAUUAGUGAAGGAGUAG